GCUGUGAGAUACCAGGCUGCAUCACCACUUCUCAAAACCAUCUUACACGGUGAAUAGCUGUGUAUUUUUACUUUGAAGAAUCCAGAAAAAACGGCCCUUCAUGUGUAUACUGCAGUGACAAUGAUGGCUGGUAGGGGCAGGCUGGUGCCCUGUGUGUGUUUGGGGAUGUUUGGUGUCCUGUGCUGGGUCUGGGUCUCCUUUGCCUCCUUUCCAGAUGAUCAGCCUCCCCUGGAGCUCUUGGAUGCAGUGGACCGAGGAGCCUUUCAGCCUCAGAGUGCUCUGUCAGAGAUGGAGUUUGCCUCCAUCAGUUCAUACAGAGGACCUGGCAACACUGACCGCCGGAGCAACAAGGAGCUGCCAAUUCUCCUCUGGUGGAGUGGAGGACUGUUCCCACAUUUCCCCGGUGACACAGAGCGCAUCGACUGUGCCACGUCCUCCUGCCUGGCCACAAGCAACCGCAAGGUCCAGCUGUACAAGCGGACAGCAUCCAUCAUCUUCUAUGGAACAGACUUCCGGGCAUAUGAGGCACCGCUCCCUCGCCUCCGCCACCAGACCUGGGCACUGUUCCAUGAAGAGUCACCCAUGAAUAACUACUUCCUCUCCCAUGGACCAGGAAUCAGGCUGUUCAACUACACUGCCACAUUUCGCAGGGAGUCAGACUAUCCUCUGACCCUGCAGUGGCUGCCUUCUCUGGAUUACUUGCUGGGCCCUGUGGUCGUGUCCCUGGAGGAGAAGAACCGGCUGAGGAGGGAGGGCCUGGCCCCUGUGCUCUACAUGCAGUCCCACUGCGAUGUGCCGUCAGACAGAAACAGAUAUGUCCAGGAGCUCAUGAAGUACAUUCAGGUGGACUCUUACGGGAAAUGCUUGAACAACAAACCUUUACCUGAACAUCUGGAGGACACGUCCACAGCCACCGGCGAGGAGGCCAGCUUUAUGAACUUUGUUGCCCGCUACAAGUUUCACCUGGCACUGGAGAAUGGCCUGUGCCCAGAUUACAUGACAGAGAAGCUGUGGCGGCCUCUCCAUCAGGGCUGCGUGCCCGUCUAUCGAGGCUCCUCUGUGGUGGCAGACUGGAUGCCAAACGAACACUCAGCAAUCAUAAUAGAUAACUUCCCCUCCCCAAAAGCUCUUGCUGAAUUCCUCAAACGUCUUGAUGAGAAUGAUGAUGAAUACGCAAAGUAUUUAGAGUUCAAGAACCCCAGACGCAUCACAAACGCUCGUUUGCUGGAGGCUCUGGAGACCCGCGAGUGGGGGGUUAAUGACAUGAGUAAGCCUAACUACCUUAAUGGAUUUGAAUGUUAUGUGUGUGACCGGGAGAAUGCACGACUCGCAGCAGAACGAGCAUACAGGAAAGCCCCUAAAAAGAACCAACCUCCUCAGCCAAAAAUGGCCAACAACUCUCACAUGGGAUGCCCCCUGCCCAGCCCCGGGUACGGAGAUGUCCAAGAUUUACCUCCAGAUGAUGGAUGGUUGCAAAUAUGGCCUCAGGAUUACUGGCAGAGCCUGGACCAAGCAGAAGGGCUGGAGUCUCUGAUAAGACAUAACGAGUCAGACCCUUCGCUGCUGUGGAAGCACAUCCAAAACAUUGCUGUGAGCAGAGCCAGAGGAAAACACUGACACAGGCCUUGAAACAAACAGAGGAUGGAGCACAUCCAGGAUUACAGAGGUGUCCCACAUUAUGCAUCCCCGCUGUUUAAAUGAGGGAAUGAAGCAGAAAUUACUAAUAUUUCUGCACCUGAGUCACCCUCCUUCACACUUGUGAGCAGUUUAGUUAUAUAGAAGUUUAACUAGAGUUUGAUAUUGUAUUCGGCUGACAUGAUGUCCUUUAUCCUGAGUUCAGUAAUGGGAAAAUAAUGUUUUAGAACGCUAUAUGCUAAUAUUUUCCGGUGGUUUCAUUGCUCUGACUGAGGUGCCAUUGUUGCCCUUACUACUUCUUGCGUUGUUAACAUUAACUGCAUGCAGUGCAGUUGUUCCACGGAGGCACAUUCUCCAGGGAGGCUGGUUUUCAUUGGACUGGGGCAGAGCCAAAGACUUGUCCUCUGCACUGAGGGAGCUCUGCCUAACUGUGUGUGAAGACCAUCAAGACAGUAGCCAAUGAACUGCAUUAGUUUCUUAACAGUCGCUCAGCAGGUAGCUGAUGGUUAUUAGCUAAAGUCACAUUUACGUACAAGGCUAUUUUAAGUGACUAUGCAACAAAAAUGUUAUUUCACUGAGGAGCGCGAGAAGGCAAAUGUAAAGUAAUGCACAACUCCCCUGUGGGAAAUCACCACUGCAUUUGCAAAGUAGUUCUCAGGAACAGCUGAUACAUUUAUGUGGCAGAUACUUUAUAAUAUUGCCCUAACUGUUUCAUUAUACGUGAUGCUAAGGUCAUGUUCAUGUGCAAUAAUUUUUAAUCAUGCUUUUCUACAAGUAAAGUACAAGUAACAGCUUGAAACUCCAUGACAGUAUUGUGCAUCUAGUAGCACACAGCAUAUUUAUACCUGGAUUAUCUAGAUCAUUUUAUUUUUCUAACAAAGCAUCAUACAUGUGAACACACUAUUUUGUAUCAAGAAGAGCAAAAUAAGACAUAACAUUUUGUAAUAAAGUAAGUUUCUUCC